CAGCAAUUAAGGUGGUGCAGGAACAAGUAACCAUGGCGGAAGUGAAAAGGGGAGCUUGGUCCCCUGAAGAAGACAGAAAGCUUAUCUCCUAUAUCCGCAAUCAUGGCAUCUGGAACUGGACCCAAAUGCCCAAAUUUGCAGGGCUUUCAAGAACAGGAAAGAGUUGCAGGCUGCGGUGGGUGAAUUAUCUGAGGCCUGAUGUUAAGAGAGGGCCUUUUAGCAGGGAAGAAGUGGAGAUUAUCAUCAAAAUGUAUGAGUCAAUGGGAAACAGGUGGUCGGCAAUGGCGGCACAGCUUCCGGGGAGAAGUGACAACGAAAUCAAGAACUUCUUCCACACCCACCUGAAGAAGCACCUCCGGCGGCAACCCAAACAUGCGGCGGCGGCGGCUGAUCGCAGAAGCAAAGACGACAACACUACCUCGGAUGAUGCUAAGAUUAUUAUUGCUGACCACUGUAACUCAUCAUCAGUUGUUAUAUUGGAGAGCAGCCGAAGCUGCAGUAGUAGGGUUGAGAAUAAUGAUGCUCCUUCUGGGGGUAAUAAUGGAACUGCACCAGCAUUCUCGUCCGACACACAUGAUGAUGAUGUGAAUGCUUUCUGGUAUGAUGUACUAAUGGAAGCAGAAUAUCUCAACUUCUAGCCUAGCUUCUACUAUAUGUGA